CUGCAACAACAACAAACCGUGCGAACUGUUUAUAAAUAAAUCAAUCCCAUAUUGUUGUAGUUUGACAACGAAAAAUUCGUGUUGCAUGGCACACGUUUGAGCAAUCGUUUUGGGUUGUGGCAGGUAGGCAGCGCAGGAUCAUCCCCAAAACAUGUCCAUACUGGAUAUGAAGGCCGGUCCGCCGGAUUAUUGGUCCGAAGUAUGCAAUUUCUUUUUGCCGCUCAAAUAUCUGAUCACCAACGAUCGUUUCGAUGCGCUGGUGCAGAACAUUGAUUUGCAUUACCUGAUCAAUGCGGUCUUCUGGAUAUUUGUGGCGUUAUCCUGUGGCUUCUAUGGCUUUCAACGUGUCUUCCAGUUCUUUCUCAAAUCAUCAGCGAACAUCAAGUAUUUCAAGCGCAAACAAUUCGCUCGCCUUAUAUGGAACAUUGCCUUUUAUUCAGCCUGCUGUCUCUUUCUGCACUUCUACAACGAAUUCAUGAUUCUGCCACAAAUAAUGAAGACCCAGGGACGCUAUUCACUCUUCCAUAGCUCUGAUAAUUUGAUCUUUUAUCGCUCGCAUCAAUAUGAGAAAUUUCAAUUCUAUUCGAUCUUCAUGAUCACGUUUUAUUUGCAUGGAGCGAUGCUUGAUUUUAAGGAGGCUGAUUUUGUGGAGGCCGCUUCCAAGGGACUGUAUCUGCUCGCUCUCAUCGCCAUCGACGUGUACAGAUAUGAAAACUAUUUCGUUGGACUGAAUCUUACGUUGGGUCUCUACAGCAUCUUGGCCGAUAUUUUGUCAUUGAUAGCUUUGCAGAAUUCGAAACGCAAUCGCUUGAUCUAUCAGAUAUUCAUGGGCAUAAGGUUGGCUGCCUGGGUGCUGGUCUUCAUCAAUCGCUUACCAUUCAAUUACUUUAUACCCACGCUCUUUGCCAAGAACUUUAAGUUGCCGCUGAACGUGGCCAUUUGGCUGUGGUAUGGUUUGUCUAUAUGGAACUCGCCAGUGUUGCAGUACUUCUAUCAUCAGAUCUAUCAUACCACGCCCUCGGAUUGCUCGGGCGAGGGCUCGGCAGCCAAAUGCAUAUUGCUGAAGGAUACGAGCGAGUACAGGCAUUACAAGACACUGAGACGCGCCUACAUCGAGGUGAAGUUGGCCCAUGAGAAGGCCACCUCGAAUCCGCUGCCAGCCAGUGAAUCUGCCUCGGCCAAAACAUAUCAGGCCAUCAAGUGCGUUAUGAUGCUGAAGCGUAAAUUGAAGCGCAUUCGCGAGGGACGCGGCGCCGAGCCGGAGGAUGAUAAUGAGGAGCUCGCUGGCGAUUGUUAGAUUGUUAGAGCGAGACAUCGACUUUUUCUCUCUUCGCUUAUAAAAGACAAAGCCCUAGGCUAGGCGCUCCUUUGCGCUGCUUUUCCCAAACUACCUCCCAUAAGUCUUGAAAA